AUGCCUGGGAUGCUCACAAGAUCGAAAUCACUGAGGUUUCUGAAGAGUGGUCGCAAGGACGCCGCCAUACAGCAGAAUGGACGUUCAAUGCAGCCUCUGAAGGCGCCUCAAACGGACUCUGACAAAUUGCGGUCGGCCACGCCCAGCUCUGGAGCGGAAUCAAGAUUAGAGACCCCAGAUAUGGCAGUCCGGCCGAGUACGUCAGGUGGAUCCGAGAACCAGACUACGAUGUUCCACAAGAAAACAAACGCUGCCCUGUCAAUGGAUUAUCAGAACCAGACGCCUACCUUCUCGUCAUUCCCGUCGUUUCCAAACUCAACAACUACACUCUCAGCCGGUGGAGACAUUACAGAAGAGCAGGGUGUCAUUGGCAUUGCAUUAGGAUCUCCUACUGUCGGCUCGGAUUGGACCUCGACAUCUCAGGCUACAGAUUCUGAUCCAAGCCUCCAGGUCACUGAUACCGAGAUGACACAUUUCCAGCAACCAAAUGGCUCUGUGACAUCUGUUGGCAACCAGCAAGUACCACCAAAAUCGAAGCUCAGCAGAUGGAAAUCGCUUUUCAGGAAAGCCGGGCCACCGCCACCGACCUCCGAAAAACCGGCAUUCUAUCAAUUGACUCAGACUGCUGUAGCGGCGAUUCCACGUGCUGAUAGCCAUCACGACGAGGAGCUAUCGGAUGCACAAAUCAGGGCCCAGAAGGAGAUGGGGAUGUUACGCAAAGUGCCACCUCCAACUUAUAACCCAGGAAUCAGGGCAUCUCGACGAGGCGCUCCGGAAGGUUUUAUUGCCCCGAGAUCGCCUCCUGAAAAUCCCUUGACGCGGGAGCGAACACUCACCCUGGGAAACCCAACCUCCAACUCGCAGACUACAAAGAAAAUGCAAAGGGCGUUCACAUCACCAAUACCACCGUCUCGAGAUGUUGCGAUUGAUGCACCCACCGUGCCGAAGUUGAAGAUCUCUGGCAGCAAAAGCAAGUUUGGAGCGCCAGAGUCGGAUGCCGGUUCUGACGAGAGAUCUCUUCUUGACGUCAGCAUCCCUGAUGUGACAAUGGAGAGGUAUAGUAUCAUGUUCGGAAAUGUUCUGCAGUCUAGCCCACCGCGAUCAUCAUCCUUGUUACAACGACGGCAAGCGAAUGCCGAGAAGUUGAAGCCGCUGGACAAGCUCUCGGUUCAAGACGAGCCACAGGAAAUCUUCUCUGACUUCAAGCUUCCACGACGAGCCACAUCCCCAGCCCCGUCAGGUUCACCACGGUUAAUGCUUUUCCCAUCAACAACGCCGAACCGAGCCCCAUCCCCAUUAUCAGGAGCAACCAACUCCGGAAAAGUUCUACAUCGAUCGAGGACAGCACCAGCAAAGUCACCUCUACGCCAGACAUUUGCCAAAACUGGGGAGAAGGACGUGAAAAUCUCCGAUUCCACUACAGGUCUCCUAAAACCCAGCUCGGGAUCACCUUAUCUUAAUUCGGUUUUGACACCCACCUCCGUCCACAGCUUCGAGUCUGACAAUGAGUCGAUUACCAUCGUGGUUGGCCAGACAAAUCCCGUCAUGUACACUGAUUUCCGCGAACCGCAAUGGGAAAUUUGCUCAAAGCCUAAAGCUAUAACAACUGACACCGCGACACCCAGCACCCUUUCUCGCGCAGAAUCUCAACGACAACCAAAGCUUACAAAACUAAGCGCUCUGUCCUCCCACCCUUCCUCUGCUCCCCUAGACGUGCCCUCCCCACUCCACCGCCUGCAAAGUCUGACGACCCCUCCAUUAUCUGCAGACCGCAUCAGUGCCAAACGGACAGUGAACGAGGCCCCCUCGCAGAGACAGGAUGUGGAAGUAAGAUCGGUGGCCACAGUUGGAAUUGCCCGUAGCGUAUCGGUAUCGAAGGCGAAUAGUCCACGUACAAUGCUAGCUCGUAGCCAGACAGAUUUGAAAAGCGCGCAAGGAGAGCGAUUAGUGGAAAGACAGGCGCUUACGCCUACGAUGGUGGAGGUGCGGAAUCGUAAGAGUCAGAGGGUGCAAUUGGAGAUGGCGACAUAG